AUGCUGGUUGACAUUCCUCCCAUUGGAGACUCGUUAGAGCUUACACUAUUGGGAAUAGUUGAAGAUAAACUAGAUAGAAAUGAUAAAGAAGCGCAAUGGCUGCAGGAAAUUUUACCAGGUAUCAUUGAACGACUCAAUCUAAUCUCAAAGAUUGCAGAGGAGCAUGUUGAAAGCACCAAUCGUUCAAAGGAUAACGAAAAUGUUUUAAAUAAAAUAAGGGCGUCUAAAGAGAAAAUACUAAAGCAUUUAAAUGCAAACUUUUUUGAAAGACCUCCAUUUACUAUUAAACGGAUUGCAGAGAUGUUGGUAAAUCCAGAGAGAGAAGGAUAUAAGCUUAAAAGUAAUGCUAAUAUAUUAAAGUUCUUUAAUUCACUCACGAAAACAGUCUUAGUUUAUUCUUCAAUUCUUGAUUUUCCAGAAGAGACAUAUAUUAAUGAAAUUCCAUCUGCUCAUAGUACUACAAGUGGGGGCAGCAUAAGUAAUGGCCAAUUGAAACUCAACGUCCCUCUCGUUGAGAUUCCUUGGCUCAAAGAGAGAUCACUGAGAAAUGAAAAUACCGCUGAAAAUACAAACCUUGAGAACGGUGCUAAUGCCCGUCAUAUCAUACCCGAUACUUUACAGGACGUACAAGACCAUAAUUCCCCUCAAAGGAAGUCAAGGCAUAAAGAAACGGAACGUAAUGAAGAUGACGCGAGUUCUAAGAAAAGACCUAGACGAAGUAGCGAUUCAAGUUCUGAAAGUAAGGCUGAGAGUUCUACGGAUGAUGAUAUGAUGGAUAUAUCCAGCAACAAUGUAGAAAGCAAUCUCUUAGUUGUUUCUCAGGUGGAAGAGGAAUUUAACAAUUCUCCGAAAACGAAUUUAAGUGGAGAAGGAAGAGAAGAUUCAAUGAGUGUGGAAUGUGAAGAAAGUUGA